AUGUCCGGGGGAUUCUUCCGGGUAGGAUGCCCUCUCCUCCCAAGGCUUCCAUGUCUUCGAUUAUUGCGGGGGAUCUCCCAUGAAGGGACGUGUUAGGGUUCUGAAUCUCUUUUUUUGUAUUUUUUUUUGUUUCGACGCAUAGGGCACCUCGGCCGAUCAGGACACCCGCUUCUCCAACAAGCAGGCGAAGCUCCUGAAGACGCAGAAGUUCGCGCAGGAGCUCGAUCACCUGGUCAGUGACCAUCAUCUUCAGGCGUCUUCUUUUGUUUCAUGCGACAUUGAGUUUGUCGAAUUCGCCGUAUGGUGGCGAACUCGAACGGGGUGGGCUGUGCCUUUUCCGGUGAAAUUGGGAUGAUUUGUGGGACUGACGAGAUGACGGCCUGCUCUUUCUUCAUUCCUCGCGGGGAUCGGUUUGUCUCAUUCUUUUCGUUCUCAGGUGGAUAUGACGAAGGUUAAGAUGGACGUGAUGAAGCCGUGGAUUGCAAAGAGGGUAACCGAACUGCUGGGUUUUGAAGAUGAAGUCCUUAUUAAUUUUGUCUAUGGUCUCCUCGAUGCAAAGGUUCGUUGCCUAUUUUUAUUGAAAUCUAAGUUCCUUUCAUGUGUACGCAUUAUCUGAUUUUACUGAAUGUAAUGUCUCAGGAAGUGGAUGGUAAGCAGAUUCAAAUACAGCUCACCGGUUUUAUGGAGAAGAAUACGGGGAAAUUUAUGAAGGAGCUUUGGGUUCUUUUACUGAGCGCUCAGAAAAAUGCUAGUGGUGUCCCACAGCAAUUCCUGGAUGAAAAGGAGGAGGAAAUGAAGAAGAAGAUGGUUUGUGUUGCUGUUUCACGUCAUUAUCACCAGUUGGUUAUGUACUUCCAGCGUUACGGUUUUCCUAUGACUUAUUUAUUUGCUCUUGUAGGUGGAAUCUGAGAGGAUAACUCAGGAAAUUCAGAAGAGGAGGGAGAGAGAGGGACAAGAUGCCAUUCAAAUGAAUCUGAAAGGAAUGGUAGGCUAUUUAUUUGAGCAUGAGUUGCAUUCUAUGAUUAGAAUCUAUUUUUAACUGGCUUUUGCUUUUUUUCCUGGCAUUCAGCCUGCUUCUCCGAUUGUUUGGCUUCAUGUCCUUCUUUCCCUCGAACUACUGUAGGACGGUGAGGCAGAUAUUACAAGACAUAUGGAUGCUGCGUCUACUGCUCUUCUGAAGCAUUCAGGGGGGAGGCCUUCUACUGCUAACCCUGAGGAUGAGAGAGAAACAGACCGGAGACGUGUCUCAAGGAGAACGAGCAGGUCAUUCAUUGAAUUUUUUCCAUGGCAUUUUUUUGUUUCUUAUUUGCUUCUAAAUUUGAAAUAAAAUCAUUAUCUGUUUAUUUCUAAAGAAACCAUAUAACGGACAGUGUAUUUGUUAAAUAUUUUUGUUAUGCUGAUGUUCAGUUCGAUAGUGCAAUAAUGCGUGGAUCGUUGGUAAUGAAUAAAACAUUGAUGAAUGAUGGAAACGGACAAAUCAUCAGACGAGAACCAAAACAAAAUUCUCUGAGAUCAGAAUAUACCCCCGUGAAAAUUUAGAAUAUUCAUCUCACGCUGCCGAGCAUGAUGAUGAGACUAACUACCCUAAAAGUAACUUUUGGUUUAUUUUUAUUUGAAUGUUCUUUGAAAUCCUGUAGGGUCUAUUUUUUGGGCUUAUAAUAUAUGUGGCACCCUUCUGGGGUGCUAGGGAAAUAAACAGGAAAAGAAUCUAGAAAUAAACAAGGGCGUCUUUAUCAUAUAUCUGAAACCAUUUUUUUUAACACCCUAAAUUAAUGCCAUCUCCUAUUCGGAAUGGAAACCUUUUGGAUUCAGACUUAUGGUUUUGCUGAAAUGUAGAUAAAAACGUCAUUUCCUCACACGGUUCUCCCGCAUCUAUGCUUCAUGUAUCUUAUCAUUGUGGGGAUAUAUGUGUUGAAACUAAUUGCUUGUGAGAUGGGAACAUGGUAAUGCUGCUGUGAAUCCUUUCCUGGUUAGUUGCAUAGUGUGCAAAGCUGUUCCCUCCUCGAGCAGACCUAGUGGGGAUCCCAGGUGGACAUCCAUUGCUUUCUUAGUUUCUAGUUAUCUAUAUCUGCAUGUGUUUCUUAUAUACACGUGAAUGCAUUAUCUGUUCAUCCGACUGCAGAGAGAAAUAGCCACUGAUAUGGAGGUAGGAACCAGUUAUUUAUUUAAGGGUUAUAAGGAUGGGGCCACCCAGGCAAGUGAAGAUACUGAUCAUGCGAUGUGGCCACCCAGGAUGCUCAUUGCUUCGGCCCGCCCUUUAAUUUUUGGCUUGGCUGAAUGCUGGUAACUGUGUUAUUAACUUUCUUGGGAAAAUGACAAGAUGCAUGUGGAAAGGGUCAAAGUCCCGGGAGGGGGGUUGACUUGGGCCUAUUCCUCUCUUUUGAAGGUUUUCUGUCUCUGUGGAGACUUUAUCUUUGGGAUGUAAUUGGAUUUCUCGGAUCUGGCUGGAAGAAUCUGACUCUGAAUUAUGUGCGUAGUUCCUUAGGUCGCAGAUUUGGACCCCCGGUAAACAGUGCAUUCCGAAAAUAAAAUAUUAGCACAAAGACGAAAAAGCGUCUCAUAAGUUUUACCAUAAACAUUUUCAAAGGUCAUCCCAAACAUCAUACGCAUGGGGUUAGGGAGAUGCUUUCCAUAAGGUGGGAAAAAAAAUCUGAAUAUGUUCAUUAUAUUUGUAUGGCUAUGCAACAUUACAUGUUGAUUCACUAUCUCAAGAUCUUUUCUGUGGAACAUUUUUUUUUGAAACAAUGUCAUAAAAUAUGAUUUCUAGGAGUUGUUGGAUAUGAAGAUUAAAAGUGAAAAUAAUUUUACAAUAAAGAAGGAAAAAUAGAUUGGAAGUUGGUGGAUCUGUCCCAUUGCCUGUUUUUUUCUUAAACAUAAAGGGAAAACAUUUCAUGUUCAUAAUGUAUUUGUCUCUGUUUUUCCCCUAGUAACGUCUUAACCAAAUUGAUUUUUUUAUCAGGCAGCGUUCCCCUUCUUAUCAUUCAGAUGGAAAGUCUCCAUUCCCUCAAAAGUAAGGGCGUUUUUUUAAACUCAACUUUUGUGCCCUUUUAUUUAUAAAUACCGAAGUUGACGCUUGAUUGGGUACAUCUUACAGGGGCUCUCAUGCAGUUACUAAGUCACGCAGUAGAUCAUUUUCCCGCUCCAGGAGCUAUUCAGAGUAUAUUAUUAUUACACUUAUACAUUUUAUUUUAAUUUAAUUUAGUUUCUUUAUUCCACUGGUCGUGGUGAAUUGUGUGAAAUAUCUUUUUCUGAUGCUUUUGGAUGUUGUGUGGCAUCUUGCAAAACCAAUGUGCUGAUUUAUUCUUCAAUGGUGACCAAAAUAACCCUUAUAAUACCUACAGGCUGCUAUUAAUCGGAGUGUCAAUGCUUGGUUCUUGCCAAUAUCAGUCUAGUUUUCAUUAAUCACACUGCUUCGAUGGUGCAUUACCAUUGUCUCUGAUGAGUCAUAGUUGUGCUUCUCUUUGUUUAGUUAUGUGGUUUUAUGUCACUGUUUUACAUGAGAGUGUCAAUGUUCCCAUUUUUUGUCUUAGUGAAGGCUAUUUGGGGUGAAGUUUCUUGGUUGGAUGCUGGGUGUUUAUUUCUGUCUAUUCCAAGUGGCUCAGAAGAUGGUGUAUUGUCAGAGCCCCAUUGAUGGUCGUUAUCAGCGACUUUUGCUAUAAGUGCUUUAGCCGGUCCUUUACUCUCUCUAUAUAUGUAUAUAGAUAAGACUUUGUGCGUGUUUAUAUUUGUUAAUUAUAGCUAUAGAAAAGGUAGUCCAUUGCUGACUUGUCAUCCUUCUCACUGCCUUUGCGACAAUAUUGGUGUAGCACCUGGUCAUCUGUGACAUCUGUGGUCUGUUAAUCAUAAGUUCUUCAAAGGUUAAUGCCUUAGUAACAGUAUUAUUGCGUUUUUCCUAGAAAAUUAUUGCAUAAUUUCCACUACAUAAUUAACAUUCACACGAUUUCGACUUGUUGAGAUUUGAUUUUUAUGUUUUUGGCAAGAAACAAGAAGAUUGUUGUAUCACUUUAUCCGUGCAAUCUUAAGCUCUUACUUUUUCAGUGAUGGACGCAAGUCAAGGGACGCAUCUCUAUCAACUAGUCCUCCAAGGCAUUUGCAUUCUCAGGACAGGAGGCGCCGAUCUCUGCCAAGAUAUUCUGUUUCACCUCAUCGGCAUCGUUCACCUCAGGUUCCUGCUUCAAGGCGGAGAUCACCUUAUGCAAGGCGAAGAUCUUCACCUCGCUUGCAUCAUAGAUCCCCAUCUCCUUUUCGCCGUAGGUCUCCCGUCCGAGUGCGUCGGCGAUCUCCAUCCCCUCGCCUUCGUCGGCCAUCACCUAUACGUCGCCGGUCUCGGUCACCUCCACGUCGUCGGUCACCACCACGUUCUCAUAGGCAAUCACCUUCUCGUCGACAUCAUCGAUCUCCAUCACCUUCAUGGAGGAAAUCUCCUAUACGUCGUAGGUCACCUGUAAAACUCCGUCGGAGGUCACCUUCUCCAGCAAAUCACAAAUCACCUUCUAGACGGAUAUCUUUAUCACCAAUGAAACACAAUUCACCAUCUCCUUUAAAGAGAUCUCCACAGCCUAGGUCACCAAAACACCACAGGAUAUCAUUGAGACAUUCACCAAGGCAGCGUGCUGCUGACUCACAAAGUUCCCCACGACAAAUGAAUAGGUCUCUAUUCUUGAGUCUUAUUUUAUCAUUUAUUUAAUGAGUGGUUCUUGUUUUCUUUUUUGCUUUUAACAUGUGAUUCAGUGGCAUUCAUGCAGGAGCCAUAAUACCAACCAAAGUCGGAGUUCAUCUCAGAGUCACAGCAGUUUGAGCAGGGAACAGAGUAAUCGUCCUGGGGUGGAGGUCAGAAGGUAUGAGGAUGAUUAGGCCUGUCACGGAUACUUCUAGCUUGUAGAUUUCAUUGUCUUCUAGAUUUUUUUUGUGUUUAGUGCUUUAAAGAAUUUUUAUGUGGUUGUUAUGUUGUUGUUUAGCUGUGGCACCAAUUUUGGUUCCUAUAUGGCUAAUCCCAUUUUGCAUUCCUGACAAGUGGCGUCUUAAUUGUUCCGAAUUUUAUAUGUGACUGACGAUUAGGUUGAAAGCGAUAAUUACGAGGAAAAGGCAUGAAGAUCAAACUAAUGUCGGUUAUGUUCUGUGUAAUCAUGUGGUAUAGAAUAUAUAUUAUAACAUAUCAAUUUUUUAAUGCAUGAAACAUGUUCGAAAUCAUACUUGGAUGAGGCCAUCCUUGUCUCAGUUUCUGAUUUAUUAUCAAACAAAAUAUAUCGUUACAGGAUCCAAAUUCCCUCUGAACUUGGCCAAUCCUUAAGAUCUGCUGAUUUUAUUCAUAUCUGCAAUGGUAUUGUAAUUGCCAUGAUUGGAGGAAGUGUGCCAUUAUAUAUUUAUUUACAUUUCUUACAGAACCAUUUUGAAGAGGUCACCUAACCGUUCUAUUGAAAAAGAAGAAAGUAAAAAAAUUGAUUUGCGACGUGGUAGACUAGACUCUCCAUCAGUAAAACAAGAUAUUAAGUCUGCACCAACUGAAACCCAUGGAAAAAAUUCGGGCUCCCCUCCUCGUGGGCAACAGAUGAAUACAAGUGGAAACAGGUGUGGGUGGUAGUCUGAUCCGUUGUUAAAAUACAGCCAGCGCUUUGCUGCCAUGAAAAUGUUAAUUAGUUUUCUUCAAAUGUUUCACAGUUCAUCAAAGAGUCCUGACAGGCAAGGUAGGGGAUUAAUAGCUAGUCAUGAUAGCCCUGAAUCAAGAGGAGGAAGCUCUGAUGCGAGGUUUUUUCUCCGGAAAAUUUCGUUAAACUCUAAAAUCGUUAAAUAUGUUAAAGUGAAUCAUAACUGUAAAUAUUUUUUCAUAUCAACUACAGGGAAACUUCAGUUCAGAAAAUUAGUUCUUUGAGCAAGAAAAGUCAGCGUUCACCCUCUGGAACUAGUUGGAAACUCUCAAGAAGCUAUGAUUCUGAAGAAUCUUCUCCUGGGGAAUUAGCAGUCGAGGAUUCUGUGUAUGAUAGGCAUAAUGUUGACUUGAAAAUAAUGGAGCAUCACGAACAGAAGAGGUUCUUUUUCUCACCUCUCUCCCAUCCUCGAAAGAAAUGUCUUUCUCCAUUUUUGGGGACACAUUGGUGCAUGUUUUGUUUACCCUCCGUUUCAUUGAUUGAUUGUCUGGUUGUGAUUGAUUGUUCUACCUGUUGUCAAACCCGCCCUUUUUGAAUGGGAUGAUGCAGCGUUGAUGUAGUUUUCAAAACUGAUAACUUAGUUGGCCAUAGUUUAUGUAUUUUCACUAGAGCAUAAAUUUUAUGUGACCAUUGUUAACUAGGUUUCUCUUUGCAGUGCCACAGAUCCUCCAGAAGGGUUCACGGAGGAAAUAUCUCUUUUAGAUGAAGAGGUCGAGUAUGGUCCUGGGAAGAUGGAUGGUAACUUAUCGCCUAAUCUAAUUGGCCAGGAGAGAUCUUCUAGUAAGAAGGUUGCUAGAGAUUAUUCCUCCCCUGGCAGAAGACCAACAAAAGAGCAGGACUUCGCAAAGAAUUCGCACUUGGACGAAGCUUUACGUAAUGAUGAUAGGAAAAGGCCUCGCGUGGAAGAAAAUGCAAGUUAUGCAGAGAAAUCAGCGAAGCUAGAUAAGAAUGAUCGAAUUUGUCCCGUGGAUACAGACUCGGAAGAUAAAAAUAGAGCGCAGAAGACUGAGAGAAGGCCCAAAAAGUUAGACCAGAAAGAAACAUCUCUAGAAGAUGAAUCGGAUUAUGAUUCAGCGACAGAGCGUAGGAAAGAAUUGAAAAGAAGAAAGAGGGAGGAGAGAAGGUUGCGCAAGGAGGAGAAACGUCGGAGGCGUGAAGAGAGGCAUAGAAAAAGGGAGGAACGACGGGCACAAAAGAUGUCGAAGGACGUUCACACUGUGGGAUCCCACCCAGACAAAGAGAGAAACUAUAGUGCGGCUGAAGAGUCUGACGAAGAAGCUGGUUUGAAGGUUUCAAUCACAACCGACACAGAGGAAAGGGAGACUGAUCAGAAGAAGCUUGAGAUUGAGUUGCGGAAAAAGGCCCUUGAAUCUCUACGGGCAAAGAAGGCCAUUAAUCAUUAA